AUGGUGUUCGGGGUCAGGUCCACCCGGGACAAUCCUCUCAGAACCGACGAGAGAUCGUUGGGUACGGUGAGGGUGGAUGUUGUGGAGGUGAAAGGCCAACAAUUCAUGAAGAAGAAGUUGAACUCUGGCCUGAGUGGAGUUAAGGCUGAGGAAGAAGAAAGCACAGAAGAAAAGCAGGGACAACAUGCAUCGGCUCCUGUUUCUCUCUAUUCGCAUGUUACAUCUAUAAUAAAGUUUAAUGGACUCAAUUUCUUUGAUUGGUACAAACAAAUCCGAUUCCAUCUUGGAGUUUUGGAUCUUGAUUUAGCACUUUUAAGUGAGAAACCUACUUCAACUACUUCUGCUAGUAGUGAUGAGGAUAGAUCUUUCUAUAAAGCUUGGGAAAGAUCAAAUAGAUUGAGCUUAAUGUUUAUGCGAAUGAUUGUAGUAAACAAUAUUAAGUCCACAAUUAAGAAAACUAAAGAUGCUAAGGAAUUUAUGAAAUCUGUGGAAAAAUGUUCUCAAUUAGAGUCGGCUGAUAAGUCACUUGCUGGAACACUUAUGAGUAUUUUAACCAACAUCAAGUUUGAUGGUUCUCGUACUAUACAUGAGCAUAUCCUUGAAAUAAUGAACUUGGCAGUAAGAUUAAAGACCAUGGAAAUGGAAGUUAAUGAGAAGUUUUUGGUAACGUUUAUCCUUAAUUCCUUACCUUCAGAGUAUGGUCCAUUUCACAUGAACUAUAACACUCUGAAAGAUAAAUGGAAUGUGCAUGAAUUACAAAGUAUGCUCAUUCAAGAGGAAACAUUAAAAGAUUGA